GGCGCAACCAUUUCACACCUUUAACGCGUGAGCGUCUACGGCUCGGGCUUCCCAACAGAGGACGACAAUCCACAGGAGGAAAAACGCACACACGCACACCCGGCGUUCCUCUCUCAGAUGCGCAAAGUCUAGCACGCAGGUCUGCGUGGCAACUUCGCCGAACACGCAACGGGUGAAAAACUGCGAUCGUUAACAGGCUAUCGAUUGCGGUUUUGUCACCGGCGCUUGAUAGAAAGGCUUUUCCUCCACAUCCACUGGAGCGGCAUCAUCAUUUCCAACGCUAUCGCGGAGGAGAGGAGAAGGAAGAGGAGGAGGAGGAGAGCGCUGAUUCACGGCUUGCAGGAGGAGGCAGAGACGCUCGGACGGGCUCAAGAAGAAGAAGGAGAUCCAUCUCCCACCCAGCGUGCAGUCCUAAAAUACCGAGCCACUCGCCUCCUCCUCCCCCCUCGUUACUGACAGCUCUGCGACCCACCGGCCCCGUCCUGUUCCGGCCAGGGGAGGAUUCUGAGGAGGAAGGGCGCCACGGCAAGGAGAAGACGACAGGCGAUCGCCCUCCCCUUUGGCCCGGUUUGAUCCUCCACAUUCGGCAGUACCGUGGGCAGCCUGGGGGGUGCGAGGGGGUGUGUGGGGCGGGGGAUGGGGGGGAGAGAGGACCUGCACGCUCCCUCUUGUUCAUGAGGACGACACGGCAGCCUCGCGGUGGGAUUGUGGCGUGCGGACUAUUUUAGGACCAGCUCGGCAAAAACAACAACAACAACAACAACAAGAAUAAGACUAAUAAUAACAAUAAAGGGGGCGGACGGGAGCUGCUCAGCUGUCUCUACAUAAACUCACUCACAUACAGAUCCAGGUGGAGGGUGGAAGAAAGCACAGCCCAGUGCUGGAUCCCAGAGGGACUGUUAGUGUUGCAAGGCCCCUUAAGACGAAGAAGGGUGCAUGGAGGGUUCAAGGCCUCUAAAACCAGGGACAUCAGCCUGUCUCUGGUUGGGGCUGGUCUCUGUGACCGUAGCUUUCCUUUGUACAGAGGCCCGGACUACUCCGAGCCCUUUACUCAGCCCCAACAAUGCCACCUGCAAGGGCAACUCAAAAUGUCAAACAGGGAUCAUCCUCCCCAUCUGGUAUCCCGAGGAUCCGUCCAUGGGAGACAAGAUUGCUCGGGUCAUAGUCUACUUUGUGGCCAUGAUCUACAUGUUUCUAGGUGUGUCCAUCAUUGCCGACCGUUUCAUGGCAGCCAUUGAGGUCAUCACCUCCCAAGAAAGAGAAAUUGUCAUCAAAAGGCCCAAUGGGGAAACAACAACAACCACAAUUCGGGUGUGGAAUGAAACAGUUUCCAACCUUACUCUCAUGGCCUUAGGCUCAUCUGCCCCCGAGAUUCUGCUCUCUGUGAUUGAAGUUUGCGGACAUGAGUUCAAAUCUGGUGAACUUGGUCCAUCGACAAUUGUUGGCAGUGCAGCCUUCAAUAUGUUUGUCAUCAUUGGCCUUUGUGUGUCCGUCAUUCCCCAAGGUGAAGUGCGCAAGGUCAAACACCUAAGAGUUUUCUUUGUCACAGCAGGCUGGAGUAUCUUUGCUUACAUCUGGCUCUACAUGAUCCUGGCUGUUUUUUCUCCUAAUGUAGUCCAGGUCUGGGAAGGACUAGUCACACUAUCCUUUUUUCCCAUAUGCGUCCUACUCGCCUGGGUAGCAGACAGACGACUGCUCUUCUACAAGUUUAUGCAUAAGAAAUAUCGCACUGACAAACACAGGGGCGUCAUUAUUGAGACAGAAACAGAACGCUCCAAAGGGAUUGAGAUGGACGGCAAGAUGGUCAACUCUCACUUUAUGGAUGGAAGUGCAACCAGUAAUCUGAUUGGUUUGAUUGAGAGCAAAGAGGUAGAUGAGUCCCGUCGGGAUAUGAUUCGAAUCUUAAAGGACCUAAAGCAGAAGCACCCAGAGAAAGAUCUUGAUCAGCUGGUUGAGAUGGCUAAUUACUAUGCUCUCUCACAUCAGCAAAAGAGUCGUGCCUUCUACCGUAUCCAGGCAACUCGAAUGAUGACAGGCGCUGGGAAUAUCUUGAAGAAACAUGUAGCAGAACAAGCAAAGAAGAGUGCCAGUGUGCAAGAGGUGCACGUGGAGGAACCCGAAGAGUAUGUGUCUCGGAUAGCAUUUGAGCCUGCUGCCUACCAGUGCCUUGAGAACUGCGGUGCUGCUAUCCUGACUAUCACCAGAAAGGGUGGUGACAUCAACAAGACGAUCUACGUGGAUUAUAAAACAGAGGACGGAUCAGCUAAUGCUGGAGCAGACUACGAGUUCACAGAGGGCACAGUGGUGUUCAAACCAGGGGAGAUAAUCAAAGAAAUAAGCAUUGGCAUCAUAGACGAUGACAUCUUCGAAGAGGACGAGCACUUCUUUGUGCGUCUCAAUAAUCUCCGGGUCUUGGAAACUGAAGACGAGGUGUUGUCUGCCAACAGUCUCCCAUACCCAAUGGCCAUCCUAGGAUUUCCCACUGUGGCUACGGUGACCAUUCUGGAUGACGAUCAUUCAGGCAUUUUCACCUUUGAGAGUAGCUCAGUUCACGUCAGUGAAAGCAUCGGCAUUAUGGAAGUGAAAGUGCUGAGGGCUUCUGGAGCAAGGGGAACUGUCAUUGUGCCUUAUCGCACAGUGGAGGGACUGGCCAAAGGCGGAGGGGAGGACUUUGAAGACACCUAUGGAGAACUUGAGUACAAAAACGACGAGACCUGCAAGUUUGUUCACGUGAAAAUUAUUGACGAUGAGGAGUAUGAGAAAAACAAGAACUUCUUCCUGGAGCUGGCUGAGCCUCGCAUGGUAGACAUGAGUCUGCAGAAAGCCCUGUUGUUAGCUGAUGAUGUGCCAGAUAGGAAGCUCACGUCUGACGAGGAGGAAGCCAAGCGGAUCGCCGAGAUGGGAAAGCCGGUGCUAGGGGAGCACCCGCGGCUGGAGGUCAUUAUCGAAGAGUCGUACGAGUUCAAGAGCACAGUGGACAAGCUGAUCAAGAAGACCAACCUGGCUCUGGUGGUGGGAACAAACUCCUGGAGAGAGCAGUUCAUGGAGGCCAUUACUGUCAGUGCAGAUGAGGACGAGGAGGACACGGGCGAAGAGCGCCUCCCGUCCUGCUUCGACUACGUCAUGCACUUCCUCACCGUCUUCUGGAAGGUCCUGUUCGCGUGCGUCCCCCCCACGGACUAUCUGAACGGCUGGGCGUGCUUCGUCGUGUCCAUCGUCAUCAUCGGCCUGCUCACGGCCGUCAUCGGCGACCUGGCCUCCCACUUUGGCUGCACCAUCGGCCUCAAGGACUCGGUCACGGCGGUGGUGUUUGUUGCUCUCGGCACGUCCAUCCCAGAUACCUUCGCCAGUAAGGUAGCCGCCGUCCAGGACACCUACGCGGACGCUUCCAUAGGGAAUGUGACAGGCAGCAACGCCGUUAACGUCUUCCUGGGCAUCGGCAUGGCCUGGUCCGUGGCCGCCAUUUACUGGCACAUGAAAGGGAAGCCGUUUGUGGUGGAGGCCGGCUCGCUGGCCUUCUCCGUAACCCUCUUCACCAUAUUCGCCUUCCUGGCCGUGUCGGUGCUGCUCUACCGGCGUCGAGCCCACAUCGGAGGGGAACUGGGCGGCCCGCGAGGACACAGACUGGCCACGUCGGCCAUCUUUUUUGGCCUCUGGUUUCUCUACAUCCUCUUCUCCAGUCUAGAAGCCUACUGUCAUAUAGAAGGCUUCUGAGCAGAUUGAGACUCCUGACGGAAAAAAAGCAAAGAGUGGAAAUUGGGUCAAUCUUAAUGCUAGGAACGGUUUUUUUCUAAGAUAUGUCGUCUGCUCUCUCCUUCUCCACCUUUCCUUAAAGAAACCUCGGAGGCGCGCAUUCUGCCCUCUAGUGCCAAAAGGCCCGAACUGCAGCUUGCAUCUGGGUUUUAUUUCCCAGCAUGCCCCCAAAGGAUUGCCGAAGAGGUCCUGCAUUCUGCUGUUAACCUGGAGAGAGCAGAGUUAAUCAGAGGUUUAUAUUUUUCUCAAAACGGGACAAAAAAAGACUUUUUAAAAUAAACAUAUUUUGGGGAUAAAAAUGCAAAAACUAAUGCAACAAAAAUAAACAAGAGACCCAGUCACAUAGAGGAAUUAAAGAACUAUUUUCUGAAUUGAAAAAAAAAUAAUAAUAAUGACAUUACAGUUGAAAAGGAAAAUAUGAUGUGAAAGAGGGGUGGAUUGAUAGUAUUUAUUUUAUUUGCGUCCUUUCCUAAAAGGACCUCUGUCAGGAAUCCCGCAAUCAGGAAGAGGAACAAGAAACGACAGCGACAGCUCACACCGCCGGACGAAUCACGACUCAAGCAGAAGAACAUGAGGGUGGGAGGAAUGCGAACACGGUCAAACUGCCCUGAACAUUACUUCCUUACUCUAAAUGUAUCUAUAUAUAAUAUAUUUCCAUAUUUUCUGUAUAUUUUCAAUAUUUGUUUAAAUGUGGUCCUCUUCUGAUCUGACAGAGGAUCGCCGCGGCGCAGCGGGAGGAGGCCGGGGUGAGGGAGGGCAGGGUCAAACUAUACAUCUGAGGAUGUCUUCACCUUUCUAAGAGUUAUGUAUCUUGGCUAUAGGUAAACGAGUACGACAUUGUAUUUUUGUUUAAAUACCGAUAUCUUGGUCUCACUUGACUUUUCACCGUUUUUUCAAUCGGAAAUCCGAAGAAAAGAAAAAGAAAAACGACUAAAUUUGUUGCUGCAGAAAUAAAUUCAGAGGUAUUUUUGUACUCUUCUUUCCAUGCACUUUGCUGUAUAGUUCUACUUCUGGAGACUUCUUCUUGUUCUUCUUCUUUUUCUUCUUCUUCUUCUUCUUGUACAUGUGCAAAAGGGUAAUGGUCAAACUGGUCACGAUAAACUGAACGGUGCCUGUGAAAGGAGAGAUGUUCGCUGCAGCUACCCACACCAAUCAGCCUCUUGGUUUGGUCAGAGAUACCCUGUUCUCUGCAUGAGGAUGCGUUAUUAAAUGUACAUUUAGUAUCUCUGUCCAAUUACUGACACUCGUGAUUUGUGCAUCACUUUGUCUUGGGUCUCUUGGCUGGUUUUCAAACUCAAAAUGUGUUCGUUAUCACUUUGUUUUGUUCUACACUGUAAAAACACAUCUUACCAUGUAUUUUUUGCUGUAGUUAUAGUGCAAGUAUCUGAGUAGACUUGAAAUAAGACAAAACUAAGUUAUAAGUGACUUUCCAGCAGGAAAUAGGAGCUUGUUUGAUGUAAAUUAUUCCUUAUUAUUAUUAUUUUUUUUAAAAAACAGUAGUUCCACUGGGAGAUUAUUUCACUCAUAACAAGACAUUUUCGCAUAUUAGUGAAAUAAGUUUCCACUUUUUCAUUAAUAUUAAGAAAUUAUUAAUUAAAACAAUCUCCAAUGUCUUAAUGAAAAGUUACUUGUCAGUUAAACAAGACCAAAGAUAUUUGGUAAGAUUUUGUGUUUUUGCAGUGUAGCUAGAGUCAGAAGUGUCACUAUUGGACAAAGAUGAUCUGCUCUUCCUCUAAGGAGGUAAGUGGACCCACCCAGUCAGCUCUUAUGAGACCGAUCCCAACGUACAGAUCUGGAAAAGUCUUCAAUCCUGUAGUUUCCAAACAAGCAAAUCAGCUUGUGUGGCAUAACAACGUGCAGUUUUGACGCACUCCAGCACCUGACACAUAAUCCGCCGUCCUGGAAUCUUUCUAAGUACCUUUCGAAAUAAGAUAUGAAAAAGCGUACAACUUCUGGCAAAAAAAAAAUGGAAUCAUUAGAGAAUCUUGCCCUGGUUUCUCAAUCGGAUUACGGUCUGGAUUUUUUUUUUCCCCUGUGAGGAACGAUGGAAAACAUCCCCAAUGAAUGACUGCUGAAUAUGAAUAAUCCACCUUUUUUAUGAGGCCUUUGUAAAAGACACCUCACAAAAAUUCACUGACUGAAAACCUAGGUUUAUGCAAUUCUUUUUUCUCAGUGGGCUUAAAACUAAUGGAAAAAAGUCACAGUCAGUACUUAGUGGCAUCUCAAAAUUACCUAUGAAAUACAAAUAAUAUCAUUAAUCAAUCAGGUUGAGAGCACAGAUCUGUAAUGUUUAUGGAGGGCGGGGUAAAAUAAAUACUAUUUUUAUUAAACUCUGCCUGCCUCAUCAAAAAUUUCCCUAUAACUUUUCCAAAUAGGCAUUUUAAAGGUGACUAAACCUUACAAGUACACAAAAAAUCUCUCUUCCAACCACAAGAUUAUACUAGUGUUGCUAUUUGUUUUAGAAAUUCAGAAUAAUGAGUGAAUCCCAAUUUCUAUACAGUUUAAGUUAUUAGUUUUAGAAAUCCUGAGGUCUUCAGCUGGUAAAUCAAAUAGUAUUGUGUCAUAUUGGUAUUAAUUUUAUUUUUAAAGUAAAACAACUGGGUAGACGUCAUCAAAACUUGUGAUUUCUGUUCUGACUUUUUUUUUUUUUUUUUUGCCAGAUGUUGCAGAAGCCCUGCGCAUGUUUACUGUUGCAAAAAUAAAUCAUUUCUCAUGGAAAAAUAUUUGACUGAGACUGAGCGGGAAAAUUCUCAACACAAGCUGUAACACACUGUAAUUUCACCAAAAGCACCAAAUCCAGAAUAUUGAGUUAUUUAAGCGGUCUCCGGAGAUUAUUGGUUACUACGGCUUUAUGCGAUGAACAUAUCUCGUUGUUUUUCCAAAAUACACAGAUGCUGAUUUUCGCCAAAAAACCCUCCAGAAUAUCUUUGUUGUGAUCUCUGACCGAAACGCUUUGUAUCAGGUCAGGUCAGGUCAGAUCAGGUCAGGUGAGCGUCCAGGGCUGCUGGUGUAGGUGCUGCAGGUAGCUCCGGUUUCAGAUCCAAAAGUCGACAUAAAUCCAUGUUAUGUACAGAAUCUUCAGUGUGUCUCCACAGAAACACACACACACUCUAGGGGUCACUAUAACAUCACAUUUCACCCACAGUCUGUCAAAUUAUUAUUUUUUUAUUUGUUAUAAAUUUGCAAUCAGGAAGUGUGUCAUAUCUACGUUCUGUGAUUAUCUCUCAUUUAUUUAGUUGUACUUUGUAGCUAAAAUGUCAGCUGGUGCGCAUGUGUGUGUGUGUGUAUGCGAACACACAGCAUAUCCGAAGGAACCCGCCUUUCUGUUUUGCUUUCUUUUCGUUCCCUCUCAGCCGGUGGGAUUGAAGGGAAACGUCAUUGUGCAGUAACUGGACUUGUGGUUGUCGUGGGAAACUGAGAGGUUCAAUAGUAGUAUGUGUCACGUGUGUGUGUGUGUGUGUGUGUGUGUGGGGGGGGGGGGAGGUUAUAAUACUGUUGUUUUAAUUGUUUUUCUUUUUUUGCGUGUGUGCUUGCGUGCGUGUAUGCGUGCGUGUUUGUGUGUGUGUGCAACAGAAAAGGGGCACAUUUUAUUGGACGAGUAUGUUUUGCUUUUUUGUUUUUGGCCUGCUAUGAGAUGUCAAAACAAUAAAAAUAAUA